UUGUUGUCGUGUAAACUCGUGUUUUAAUUUUGUGCGAGAUAAAAUUACAAUGAAUUGAUAAAUACUAUUAUAAUAACUGUGCAAUAAUCUAAAUUAUUAAUACUGAUGGAUGCCGAUUUAUUGAUAGAUAGCAAGGAAUAUCUCUACGGUGAUGAUUUCCUAGAUGAGCUAACAAAGGAGUACCAAUGGUCAUCCCUCCUCGAUGCAGCUGAUGCGUCGCCCAGUGAGAUACUAGCCGAUGCAGCACCAAUCUUGGUGCCUCCAAUAUCUCCUAUACUUAGCGUGAAGUCAUGCCCUAACAGCAGUAGCUCGGAGUCUGGCAGUGAAGAUGAUUACAAAAACGGGUCCAGUUGUACCUCAGCCAGACAAUCUUCACAAUCCCCAUGUGAUUGGCUGUCCACAUUGGAAGAUGAACCCUCAAAUAGCCUUAAAUUAGAAGAUGUUGAACUAUUUUUGCAGAAAUCUGUAUCACCUGAACAACCACCAGCCAACAAUGUUGUGACCAAUAUACCACCUCCUGAAAGACAUGGCCCAGUAAUGGCCAUAGAAAAUGGUGUUAUAAAGGGUGUUAAAACAGAAAUUGAUGAUUGUGAUAUGAAACCAAUCCAAGGAAAUAAUUACAUACAAAAUGGUUAUUUCAAAGUAGUUAAUGAAAAUGUUACAAUAAACAAUCAUGUGAAAGAAGACAAACAUAAUGUAUUAAAUGAACAAAUUAAAUUGGUUGUGGAGCAAAAGAAAAUUCCUGCUAUACUUAAAAGAUCCAAUAUAUUGGUUAAAUCCAAGCCGUCAGCUGUUGUGAUACCUGCUGAAAGUACAAAGGGUGGGAAAAUUGCCAUAUCUCCGUUACCAAUGGCCAAUUUUAAUGGUGUUAAUAAUAGCAAUGGGUAUAAGGUUCAGUUGUCACCUCCAAGAAAUGGUGUGGUCUUGAGUCCAAAGCCAGUUGUGACAAACAAUGUGGCCCAAACUACAGCCGUUUUACAAAACACGAUGGUGCCUUCUCCUGAGGCUGAGGUGCCAAGUAGCCCACCUCCUAUAGAUAUGUCACAUUUAAGCGAAGCUGAAAUAAGAGCUAUCAAGAAACAGCAAAGAAUGAUAAAGAACAGAGAAUCUGCAUGUCAAUCGCGUCAAAAGAAAAAGGAAUACGUUACAGCUUUAGAACAGCAACUGUUGGAAGCGCAUCAAGAGAUCGCCAGGUUGCGACUUGAAAACAAGCUAUUGAGAGACCAAUUGGAUACCAAUGGCAAUGGGAGGAGCCGAAAGAUACCUAGAGUGGACGCGUCAAUUUUGUUACCCAAAAAGAAUAUUGCUGUUAUCUUCGCAAUGGUGUUCAUGGUGUCAUUGAAUUUCAAUGUCAUAGGGUGGAACACGAAGCCGUUUGUCGGCCGGCCUGCGUCGGAGCCGCAUAAUUCAAGGCAUUUACUUUGGACGGAUACCGCAGAUGUCAAUGUGAGCUUAGAUGGAGACCAGAAUGCCACUUUCGGAAUAGACUGUCAAAAUUCAACCAUAGCGGCUACCGAUUUCUCGAAUAUCAACCAUACAGAGAGCAUACGGAUAGCAGGCGAGCUUAACCGCUGGAUCGGUGGCGGAAAGACCCUGAACUGGACCAAUGAUGCGGCACGGUCUAAACGCAGAGUUUAUCUAAAUAGGGAAAAAAUCAAUGGUGGAUUUCUGGAAACAUACAAAUUGUUCAAUAAGUUGAAUGAAGACAAUCUUGUCGAGUUCCCCAGUACAAAAGGACAAGCUAAAAAUAUGCGUGAAAAAUCCCGCCUUCGUAGGUUAAGACGAAACAAAGAGUUAGACUUUGAUGAAAGUGCUGUGAUAGAUUACGAAACUCUUUACAAACCUAGAAGGAAGUCGGUAGAUGACUUCAAUAUUGAUGAAUGGACUGAUUUGCUUCAAGCCCUGCAACGGAGGGAUGACACGUUUUAUGUGGUGGGGGUGGGUAAAGGAGAGCAUUUGUUACUGCCAGCCGUUUCGCAUAAUGUCACGAGGCCCCCAAGAAUGGCCCUGAUUCUUCCAGCAAGGACUGGCAAUGAUUCACUGAUGGCAGAUCACGUGACCUUAAUGCAAAUAGAUUGCUCAGUAGUCAAUACAACACUAGUUAAGUUAAAAUCGAAUGCACUGCCAGGAAGUUUGCGCAAGAAAGCCGAUGUCAAACCAUCCCUAGAUGCUCAAGAAAACACCCGUAAUGAGGUUAAAAAAGGUAUCAACGAUUCUUUCGACGUAAAUCUGAUGGAUUCUCUAAAGAACUCUAGCGACAACCUUUCAAAGUUCCCAGUUAUCGUUAAAAAACAAUAUGCGCCUAAAGAAAAUGCCUUACCAAAGGAUGACACAUUCAGUCAGUAUUUAUUUUCCAAAUAUGAAGAAUCUAAAAAAGAGAAUACCAAUACCAUAAAACACACUAAAAGAAAAGUAUCAAAUGAAACAAUGCGAAUUAAAAAUGUAACUAAUAGGCCAGUAGAAUUAAACACAAAAAUUGAUUAAAUCGGAAAUAAUUCCUACAAAAGAUUUUUUUGCUUUAAUGGCUUCAUUGGUUGCCCAUUAAGACUCUCCUAAGUUUUCGACUUCGACGGAGUUGUGCUUUAGUGGUGGGGGCCCCCAAAAGCGGCGUUUUUUCGGUUUUCGGGUUAUACCGCGUAAAGGACUUACCCUAUCGAAAAGUGGUCUUCAUGACGGUUAAAGGGCACUUAAUCCUGCAUUGAAUAAGACCAAAUUCAUAUGUUUUGGACAAACCGUUCUCGCGCUAAAGUUCGGCAAAGUAGAAAAUAUACGUUUAAUUAAUGACCCUCUCCACGUCCAAUGGCUUGUUACCCACAUGCUUCCAAGCCUUGUAAAGGGUCGCCUUAAUCAGUGUAACCCUAACAAUGCUCACGAGUUUGAUUCGCUUAUCCUUGUUCGUCCCAGCCGUUCCUCAACUGCGGUUGCUGCACCUCUUCCUGACACUCUCCUGAACGACUCUGUGUUACCUAAUGUGGCUGCCUCUCUUCCUUGUACCCUCCUGUACGAUUGCAUUGCUUAGCUAUAUGCCUGGUCCAAGGUUCGACGCCACAAAAUCAACUUUGUACGCGUGAAAAUAGUUUAAAUACUAUUUUCCGUGCUUGCAACAUUUUUCUUUACUGCUUCGUCUCUAUUAGUCGUAGAGUGAUUGUAUAUAUCCUAUAGCCUUCCUCAAUGUAUGAGCUAUUCAACACAAAAAUAAUGAUUUCAAUCAAACCAGUAAUUCUUAAGAUUAGCGCGUUCAAACAAACAAACAAAAAACUCUUCAGCGUUUUAAUAUGAACUUGUUGUUGUUGAUUUUUGGCGUCGAACCUUAGACCAGGCAUACGGCUAGGCAACGUAGUUAUGCAGGAGGAUACAAGGAAGAGGGGCAGCCACAGUAGGUAACACAGAGUCGUUCAGGUGAGUGCCAGGAAGAGGUGCAGCAACCGCAGUUAAGGAACGGCUGGGACGAACAAGGAUAAGCGCAUCAAGCUCGUAAGCCUUGAUAGGGUUACACUGGUUGAGGUGGCCCUUUUCAAGACUUGGAAGCCUGUGGGUAACAAACCAUUGGACGUGGAGAGGGUAAUUAAUUAUUCGUAUAUUUUCUACUUUGCCGAACAUUAGCUCGAGAACGGUUUGUCCAAAACAUAUGAAUUUGGUCUUAUUCAAUGCAGGAUUAAGUGCCCUUCAACCGUCAUGAAGAUCACUUUUUGAUAGGGUAAGUCCUUUACGCGGUAUAACCGGAAAAGCGAAAAAAUGCCUCUUUCGGGGGCCCCCACCACUUAAGCACAACUCCGUCGAAGUCGAAAACUUAGGAGAGUCUUAAUGGGCAACCAAUGAAGCCAUUAAAACAAUAAAAUCUUUUGUAGGAAUUAUUUCCGAUUUAAAAGCUAAUUCUACUGGACUAUAAGGGCUCAAAAUAGUUUUUGAAAAUCUGGAAUCACUUCUGGAAACAAAUAUUGUGAUAUCUUUUCAUUCCUUGCACACUUUUAAAUCCCAUUUUGAAAUAAUAUGAUAGACAGAUAAAUGUGAAAAGUGAAAACUAACGUGGUACUGUUACUGAUUGGUUAUUAUUAUUCUGUCUAAUGGCUUCAAUGGUGCGAAUUUGAAGCACACUGGUUUUGCCAAUGUUGAGCAUAGAGCAAAGUAAUACAUAAUGUCAAGUGUUUAGAGAGACACGGUGGACAAUGGAAUUUAGAGAAUAAAGUUCCAAAAUACUGAACUGUCCUAUGCAUGACAUUGACAGUGGGGCGCCACCGUCAAUACCGGAUCGCUGGUUCCGAUUUUUGCCAUGUUGGAAACCAUAUAGUUGAACGAUGGUAGCGCCCCCCUGUCAUUGAGUUUGGUGGGACAGUUCAGCGUGGGUCAUCUAGACGUGUUGACACCAUGAAGCUACAGAUAAAAAUGGAGGCCACACUCGGAAUACCUACUUGAAGCACAAACUAAGUAUCACUAUCUCGCUCUCUGUGGGCAGACUCGCUCUUUCUAAAUAAACAAAAAAUAUAAAAUUGCUCAAAUUCAAUGAAACCAAUGUAAAAUCUUUAUUUCUUGACAUAGGUAUCAUUAAAAAUGAUAAGUGUAAUUACUGGUUAAACGUUUUAGGAAGAAAUUACUGUAAAAAAUGUGAAAAAUGUUUACAAUGAUCCAAUGUCGGAAAUCACGAAAUAAACACUUACGCGUGGAAUCUUAUGUCACUUCCAGGACACCACGUACUACCGCAACCACGCACUACAAAAUUUUGCACCAAUUCUUGUGAUAAAACAAUGAUUAUUUCCUGUAAACAAUCUCAAACGAAAUUAACUGCUUAAUAAACAAAAUAGUAAACAACCGCCAUGAUGGGCCGGAUUGGGCCGAUGUUGCCACAUGGUACCGAUUACCCAGGAAUUGGGAUUGUAAUUCCCUGAUUCGCCAACACAUUAAACCUAAAUGGCCGACAAUUUUGUGAUUUUUUAUUUAACUAGGUAAUCUUAGUUUCAAAUAUUAAUUAUUUAUUUGUUUAACUUCUGAUUUGGUUAGUGAAUUGGCUAUUUCGAAGAAUUUACAAGGAGAUUUAAAUCAGAAGAUAGCAAUACUACAGUUCACACUAAAAAGAGAGGUAGGGCCGCAGAGAGCGAGAUAGAUAUAAGUAGGUAUUUGACUCAAGUUUUUGUUCCAACUUUGCCCUCCAUUUUUAUCUUUAGCUUCAUGGUUGACACUACCAAAACGUACUUUUUAAAUCUCAAAACAGUGACGUCACUAUUUUGUCAUUUCAAUUUUAAUACUUUUUUUCUCGUGCAAAGUACUGAGCCGACCAGUAACAUUAACUUUUAUUCAGUUAGGUAUUUCAAUCGCAUAAAAUAAUCAUGUAACUUUUAAGUAUAAAACUUUUUAUGAGUUUGUUAAUAAUUCAUCUAAUCGUGAUUCCAGAUUUGACACAAGUUACGUCAUGUGGAUUGUAUAAUAUUUUUAAUAUUUUGUUGUUCGUUUUAAUUUUAUUUUAUUUAAUCACUAAAUUCCUUCUUAAAGAUCAGCACUUGUCAGGUUUUUGUCUGUACUCUAGAUGCUUGCAACAAAGGCAUAUUCCAUAUAUGUAUUUGGCCUAGUGGAUACUUAACAGAUCUCAUUAUCGUUUAUGUAAAAGUGUGAAUUCAUCCUCGAUGUAAUAAAUAUAUGUUACGGUCAAAGUGAUAAAUGUGAAAAUUAUGAAUAAUCGCCGGUUAUUAUGAAUAAUUACCGCAUGAUUUGGUAAAUGUGAUUAAUAUGAGGUCGUUUAAGUGUGUAUAAAACUAAAUAGGCGGCUUAGAGGUGGCCCAAGGGCCACCCCCGCCGCACCUUAACCUAUUUUUCACUUUAAAUCAAAACAUUAUGUUAUGGGCAUCAUAGAAAAGUAAUAUUAUGCAAGAAACAUUCCAAACUCAUUAUGCCAAAUUAUAUUAAUAUAUGAUAUCAAAACGUUCAAAAGUUUGGUUGUACACGAGCACGUACACAAGAUGUUGUUCUCUUUUAUGAAAUUUGUUACCUACUAAGGUUGAAUUAUUAAAUAAUCACUGUUAAAUGUGAUUAAUUUAUCACUUUUACCGCGACUGUCGGUAAUUAUUCAUAAUAACCGGUUAUUAUUAAUAAUUUUCAAUUUAUCACAUUAACCGUAACAUAUACAUCAGCAAGUAGGUAUAGUUUCUUGCAAUCUACUUCACAGAUAGUUUGAGGAAAUUAGAAAAUAAUGAUUCACGCAAAUAUAACCUUUUUAUUGGAAUUGUCUAGUAUUCUUGUAGGAAUACAAGUAAAUAAGACAAGCAAAAAUCCCGGUUUUCCUUGUUUUGAGGUACCUAAAUAUCGUAAAAAAUAAUUAUGGAAAAAACCUUGUAAGCUAAAUAAAAGUUAAUUAUUCUGCUCUCAUUUAUCACUUUUGUACAUUUAUAGGGUAACACAUAUUAAUAUAAGGCAAUACAAUAUUAUUUGUUACGAAAUGUUUAAUUAGUUAGCAUGGUUUAGUUUCAUUUAGGUUGUCAAGCAAUAACAAUGAUAUUAAAGAACUAUAGAUAUGUUACGUUCAUAGAAAUUACGAUUUUAAUCCGUGCCGAGCUAUUCCAAAUUGCACACAUUGACAAAUGUAACUGAUAAGUGAAACAAAAGAUACGAAAUAGCACGCAAAUGAAAGAGAUAGCUAUAGUUUUAACGAUUCUGCACUAACUAAUCUAUGUCCGCAGCGCACGCAUCCUUAUCGCUCUAACGUCAAAACAAGAUCGCUUUCUCUUUCUUAACUUGAACAUGGCGCAUGGCGUCUUGAUUGUUUGCAUAAAUAAUUGAAAAUAUAAAUACUAAAUAAUUUUGCAUAAUCACAUGUGGUAAGAGAUCCCUUGUAUUUUGUUUACUUUAGAGUCAUAAUUGGUACACUUUCGAAACACACACGAUGGCAUUUUUUAUUUAUUUUGGUAAGAACACAGGAACUUACGGUGUGGUACGCACGCGAUUGCGCACGACGCAGGCCACACGAAGACUAAACACAAGACGUCCCAAUUGGGACGUAUUUGAGUAUUCACAGCGCGAGCGCUUAUAACAUAUCUGCUUUUGUUUUUAUAUAAUAUCAUUGAGCAAUAAGUGUUUUUGAACACAUACAGUUAUGUAUGUACCUGUGCCUAACGGCUGUGUUUAUUGAAGUACGUUCUAUGAUUUUGUCAUAAAUUCUAUGAAAUAUUAGUUUUAUAUUUUCCGCAAAUUAAAAGUCCACUUUGCAUUUCGAAAUCUUAAAUUAAUACAAGGUUAGUUUGAGCUUAUCACAGAGGAACAGUCAGCCACC